AUGCCGUUGAUAGACGAUGGCUUCGAGGCCCUGCUGGAGCCCUUCUACAACGGCAAGAAGCUGACCGACCCAAUCUCGACCAAGGAAGACAAGUUCCAACUGCUGCCGGCAUUCCUCAAGGUCAAAGGUCUUGUGAAGCAGCACAUUGACUCAUACAACUUCUUCGUCGAGCACGAGAUCAAAGAGAUUGUUCGUGCCAACCGCACUAUCCGAAGCGAUGUCGACAGCAACUUUUGGCUUGAGUUCACCGAUAUUCGAGUAGACCGCCCCCGUCGAUUGGAUUACAACGACUCGAAAUCUCGAAAUGAAGUCACGCCAAUGGAAUGCCGUCUCCGCGAUAUGACGUAUGCCGCUCCCAUAUUUGUCGACAUCGCAUACAUUCGUGACAAACAGAAGAUUGUGCGAAAAAAUGUGCCACUUGGACGAAUGCCAGUCAUGUUAAAGAGCUGCAAGUGCCGACUCAGUGGAGCGAACAACUCUGAGAUGGAGAAGAUGAACGAAUGUCCUCUGGAUCCCGGUGGCUACUUUAUUGUCAAUGGCACGGAAAAGGUCAUUCUCAUUCAAGAGCAGCUGAGCAAGAAUCGAGUCAUUGUCGAAGCCGACGAGAAGAACAAUGUCAUUUCCGCAUCAGUAACCAGUUCGACCCACGAGCGAAAAUCGAAAACAUACGUCACUCUUAAAAAGGACAAGAUUGUCCUCACUCACAAUAUUCUAGUCGAAGGUAUCCCCAUUGUCAUUAUCCUCAAAGCUCUGGGCGGUCUUUCGGACUACGAGAUCAUGCAGCUUGUGGCAGGUUCGGAUGGCCGAUAUCAGGACGAAUUUCUCGUCAACUUUGACGAAGCUGCCAAAGCUGGUAUUUUCACACAGCACCAAGCUCUGGAAUAUAUUGGAUCUCGAGUCAAGAUGGGUUCCCGGAGGGGCCAAUUUGGUGCCCAGGCCCGCCGAAAUAACGUCGAAGAAGGAUUAGAUGCUUUAGCCAACCUCAUCAUCGCGCAUGUUCCUAUUGAAGGCCUCGACUUUUAUCCCAAGGCUAUUUACGUGGCUAUGAUGACACGCAGAGUGCUCAUGGCCUCUCAGGAUAAUAAAUUGGUGGACGACCGAGAUUUCGUUGGUAACAAGCGUCUUGAGUUGGCUGGUCAGCUGCUAUCACUUCUCUUCGAAGAUCUUUUCAAGAGAUUCAUGGGAGAGGUGAAAAUGUCGAUUGACAAGUUUUUGAAAAAGAACAACCGAGCCGUGCCCUUGGAUGCCGUUCAUAUGAUUAGCAAUCAUGCCAACAGCAUUGGCCUAGGAAUCAACAGAGCUAUCCAGUCAGGAAACUGGAGCGUCAAGCGAUUUAACAUGAACAGAGCGGGUGUUACGCACGUCCUCAGUCGACUGAGCUACAUCAGUGCUCUCGGUAUGAUGACAAGAAUCAGCAGUCAGUUUGAGAAGACGCGCAAAGUGAGUGGACCUCGAGCUCUUCAGCCCUCGCAGUGGGGCAUGCUGUGUCCGUCUGAUACACCUGAAGGUGAAGCCUGUGGUCUGGUAAAGAACCUUGCUUUAAUGACACACAUCACAACCAAUGUGGAAGAGGACCCCGUGAAGAGAUGGAUUUUUACCCUUGAUGUUGGUGUUGAACCAAUUCGGAAUUUUUCGGGUGCUGAAAUGCACCGCGAAGGCUCAUACAUUAUUCAUGUCAACGGUACCCCAUUUGCACUCACCAGAUACCCAAAGAGAUUUACGCAUAGGUUCCGCACAAUGCGUCGCCGAGGCUGGAUUUCGCCCUUUGUCGGUAUUCAUACCAAUUCGCAUUUCAAUGCUAUCCACAUUGCCACGGAUGAAGGCCGCAUCUGUCGUCCGUAUAUCAUUGUGAAGAACGGCAAACAGAAGCUCAAGCCCGAACACCUCCGUCUGCUUCAAAUGGGCAAAGUUACGUUCGACGAUUUCCUGACAAAGGGCAUUGUGGAGUACUUGGAUGUCAACGAAGAAAACGAUGCUCUCAUCACUAUUUAUGAAGAUCAAGUGACAAUGAGCACAACCCACUUGGAGAUUGAACCAUUCACACUCCUCGGCGCCGUUGCAGGACUUAUUCCCUUCCCACACCACAACCAAUCUCCCCGAAACACUUACCAAUGCGCUAUGGGUAAACAAGCCAUUGGUGCUAUUGCACACAACCAAUUCAACCGAAUCGAUACUCUCCUCUACACACUAGUCUACCCCCAACGGCCCAUGGUAAUAACGAAGACAAUUCAGCUUAUCCAUUACGAUAAGCUUCCUGCCGGUCAAAAUGCCACAGUCGUUGUCAUGUCGUACUCUGGAUAUGAUAUUGAAGAUGCCUUGGUUUUGAACAAGGCAUCCAUUGACAGAGGAUUUGGGCGCUGCCAAGUUUUCCGUAAAUAUACAACUGAACUUCAGAAAUAUCCCAAUGGCCGAAGGGAGCGUGUAGGCGACCCGGUCAAUGAGGUGGAGAACGGUGUUAUGCGACGAAUCAAGAAGCACGAAGCUUUGGACGCCGACGGUCUAGCCAUCGUUGGCCAAAGAAUACACUCGGGAGAGGCAAUGGUUAAGAAGGAGACCCCUCUUGAUAUGACAACGACGGGUAUUGGUCUUGACCGUGGGCCUAGCGAAUACCGCGAUACCGCAGUCUCGUAUCGUAUCGCCGACCCUGCUUACAUUGACAAGGUUAUGAUUUCUCAGACGGAAAAGGAUACAACGGUCAUCAAGGUGCAGACCAGACAGACGCGGAGACCCGAGCUUGGUGACAAGUUCUCUUCUCGUCACGGACAGAAGGGUGUCGUGGGUAUCAUCGUCGACCAAGAAGACAUGCCGUUUGCUGAUAGCGGUCUGUGUCCCGACAUCAUCAUGAACCCUCACGGUUUCCCCUCUCGAAUGACAGUUGGUAAACUGCUUGAAUGUCUGACCGGCAAAGCAAGUAUCGUUCACGGUCGCAAAGACUACGGCUUUGGUGAUGCCUUUAGAUCUCACCCCGUGCAGCAAGUAAGCGAGGUAUUGGUCGACAACGGCUUCUCGUGGGAGGGCAAAGACUACUUCACGUCUGGUAUUACCGGAGAGCCGCUGGAGGCAUACAUCUUCAACGGCCCAAUCUACUACCAACGUCUGAAGCACAUGGUGCAAGACAAGAUGCACUCUCGUGCUCGCGGCCCCAGAGCCAUUCUGACUCGACAGCCCACCGAAGGUCGAUCGCGAGACGGUGGUCUUCGUCUGGGAGAAAUGGAACGUGAUUGUCUGAUUGCCUAUGGUGCUUCUCAGCUUCUGCUUGAGCGACUCAUGUUGAGUUCUGACGGAACCAUGAUUGACAUCUGCCAGCAGUGCGGUCUGUUUGGAUACAAGGGCUACUGCAGCACUUGCAAAAGCACGAGGGAUGUGACGAAGAUGCAGAUGCCGUAUGCCGCCAAGCUGCUGGUACAAGAACUGAUUAGUAUGAAUGUUGGAGUGCGGCUGCAGCUGGAGGACGAGUUCCCUCAUCCUAGCUAAUGUAGACGAGUGAAUCGUCUUCACUGCCCUUGUUAGGAGAAAGAUGUGUAUACCAGACUGUAAAUAAUUGCAUAAAAUAGAAUAAAAUGAAGCAUUUUGGAUUUGG